GAGAAGAUGUAAAGUUUGGAGAAAAGGCAGGAUGUUAGAUUGAAAUUGGAGAAGUGGGAAAGAACUGCAUGGUACAAGUGAAUGUUUCAGUGUUCCUGGAAAAUUAAGGCAGUAAUUUGUGAAGAUGGCCCUGGGAGAAUGGAAAAUUUUGAGAUGGACUGAGAGGUCAAGAAAACAGAAUGUGUGGUGUGCUGUCCUCAGUUAUUUCUUUGGGAAGAAAGAAAGACUUGAAGAUAUGGGUGUGCAGAUGAAUGUGAUAAGCAGAUGAGUAUUUGUAAAGAAAUAUAUGGGAAAAUUUUAUCCUCACAAACAAAACUUGACAGCAGCAACCAGGAAGAAAAAAUGGCAAGAUUGAAGCCCACAGAGUUGGAUAUACACAGCAAAGGACAUUAACCACCUGAACUGCAAGAAAAACUAGUUGUGAAGCACAGAUUGAAAAAAAAAAAUGAAAGUUGAAAACAGUUGUUUAAGAUGGAGAACAGUUAGAAAAAAUCAAGAAGGUGAGGUUUUCUUUCCAAGGAAAAGAAAAAUUGCUCUUGCAAGGGCUGGAAAGACAUUGUGAAGAAGCAGGUAAUUUUGAUUAUUCUGGAAUGUAGAGGCAAAUUGACAAUAUUAUUAAAAGCACAACAUGUAAAGACAACUUUCUCCCUAGAAUUUUAUGGAAAAUCUCUAUGCUAAAAAGGACUGUGUAGAGAGCAACAGAGAGACAGGUCUGCUCCCACUGACAUGCUGAACUCAAACAAAAAAGUAGAGUGGAAUAAGAUGGUUAUGGUAAUAUAUUGGAUAAAAUGAAAGCUAGCAUUGAAAAAAAAUAAGGCAAGGAACAAUCAAGGCAACACAAAUAAAGCUGAAGAACAGGUUUAUCAUAGCAACUGAUCUCCAAUUUGGAGGAACAGGAAGCAACUUCAGAAGAAACCAGCUCUCUCAAAUAUUUUAGCCUCUGAAGUAAGAUCAGAGAAGAAAAAUCACCAGCCAAGAUCAUAUAUCUGCUGAAUAAGCUGGAGCACUUGACAACAUUAUUUCAGUCAGAUUUUGCAAACUGGGGAUCGUUUGAGUGUCUGAAUAACCCUGUUUCCUGACACAAAGCACAACUAAAGUUAGAAACUUCAGAGUUGUUUCUUUAGAGAAAGAAUUUGUUGCUCAAAAUGUUUUGUUCAAAAAGGAACAAACAUUCACAGAAUGUUUCCAAACAGACUUUUCAAUGUUUCGGUUAAAACUUUUUGGCAUUGUCAUGACAGAAUGUGGAAAAAAGUUUUGUCCUUAGUCUGAAGAGACCACAACAAUGGUAAUCAGAGCUUUGGAUAAUCAAAUCAGAAACUGAUGCUGUGAUAGAAAUUGGAAAGAGGUUGACUAGGGGAAGAAGCACUCUUCUACCAGACAAAGCUUUUCUCCUUCUUAGGAAAUAGAACUGGAAGCAUAAACAAAUGAUCACCCAACAUGUGGCUGCAACAUUAAGUGUUCUGCACGAACAGCAGAUGGUCUUGUUAAGAAGUAGAAAAGGAUUUAGAAGAUGCAAGCAUACCUGGUGAGCAUGAAAGCAGUGCUGGACAAGAGAAUUUGAACCUCAGAAUAAAAGAGCUGGAGAAAUUGGAGCAAAAACUGAAAUGCACUUUAGAGGACUACAUGGAGUCAGAUUCUGUGCUAAGAAAUAGGAUGAAAGAGCUGGAGCUGUCACACAAAACACUUCUGGUGAUGAUUGAUCAACUAAACAUGAAGGUGCACCAUUUUGAAAAUGCAAACAUGCGUAUUAAAGGGAAACUGCGAGAAGUGUGGGAGGAGCUGCUGAGCUUGGUUGAAAAUCAGGAGAAGUCAGAGAAGAAACAAAAGGAGAAAUUACAUUGGCUUCAGGAGCAGCUGAAGACAAAAGAAAAUGAAGUAAAGAGCCAAUCUGAGUAUUUUGAGCACUACAAACAAAGGCAGAAGCAACAGACAACAGUGCUGAGAAAAAGUGAGUGUUACCUUCGGGGUGAGGUGUUUAGACUGGAAAAGCAAGUGCUAGAUCUCAGUGCCCAUAUUGCUCUUUUGACAUCUGAGUUAGGAGAGGGAAUGGCACAGUCUCUCCAUAAGAAGCUGGAAUCAGUGUCCGAAGGCACACAGAGCUGUAAACUGUCUAAUAUGCAACUCACAGAAUUGAAAAACUCCAUUGGAAAUGUGGAACGUGACAUGAAAAGCCACUUUGAGUCAUUUCAGAAAAAUCUGAAGUUCCUAAGGGAUAAAGAGGAGGGCAACAGAAGAGAAAGAACAGACCUGCUGACUCAGCUCCAGUGCUCCCAGGACACUGAAGACUUUCUCAGGAGAAAAUUGGAAGAAUCUUGUCAUCAUGUUUAUAAUCUGAAACUAUCUGAAAUCAACCUACAGGAACAAGUGAACAAGCUUUUGGAUGAAAACAAGGAUUUAAAAUAUCAAGCUAGGGUGAGGUUGAAAAAGAAAGAAGAAAAGGACUCACACCUUAAAAGACCAGAAAGUACAGACAACAUUACUGACCUGAACAGAGACCUACACCAGCAAGGUGAUCAAAACCAGAAAAUGGGAGCCAUCUCAGAUCAACGGAGAAGCAGAGCUGCUCAAACUCCAGUUGUGCUGCUGCAUGCCACGGAGUAUGAAACACCAGGAUACAGCUGUGAUGGGCCUAAACAGACAAAACAGCAACAAGAACUGCUGCCAGUUUUGGAGCACAAUUCCAGCACCUUUGCAAACACUGCUGAAGAACUUGGUUUAGCUGAGAUCAAACUGGUCACCCUAGGAGCAAAAUGUACAGGUGCAUUGGAAGACAGUUUCACUUUGUUUAGAUGUACCCCAAGCUAUCCUACAGCAAGACUGCUUCCACCUUGCUCUGAAAAAGUAACUAAUGGUGAAACGAGUGAAGGAAACAAAGAUGAAGAAUACCGUACUUUCUCCAAAGAACAAGCUAUACAUCUACCCUCAAAAAUGUUCCCUGUUUCUGUGGUUGAAGAUUUGAUGAGGAACAAAACCAACGUUAUCUUGUUAAAACCGGAAAGCUGUGAGGUAGAUGCUGUCAGAACAGUGAAGAAAGUGUGGAGUUUGGAUUUCAGUGGUGCAAAUACCAAUCUUUGCUUGGAUGGUCUGUGUGUUGUUACAGAAGAAGGUUUUUCUGAUAAACUUCCUACAGGUCUUUUUGGAAAAAUACCGUACUCUGUGACUGAAAAUGUUGCAUUCUUUCUUCAAAAAUACAGAGUGGAAAAACAUCAGCAACAGAAAUUAAUCCUACCAAAAGGCUUAACUAAGAAUAAAAGUUCAAAUAAAAGUGUUCAUGAUAGAAAAUAUUACCAAAAAAUCUUUAGAUCGAGAAUUAAAGGAGAAGAAAUACAAAAUGAGAAAUCCCAAGUACAACUGCUAACCUCUGUUUUUGGGGAAAAUUCUAAUGAUUCAAAUAAGAGUGGUUUGGUAAAGCCUGAGAAACAAGGAAUUGAAACCAAAGGCAAACAAUGCAGUCCACAAGGCGUCCACAAAAUAUCUGUUGAUGUGAAAGACUUUCACAUGCAUUUCAGAGGGAGUCCUGAACAAGUGGAGACACAAGGAAGACUCUCAGAAAUCUGUGUCUCUGAUGUGAUGAGGGUGUGCAAAGAUGGAGACAUGAUGAAAAUGGGAGGGAAAGAGAAGAAACCUCAGAAAACAACUCCCCAAAUAAACCCUUCAAGAAAUAUUGGACUGGAAGUAAAAAAAGUCCAGUCCCUGAAACUACAUGAAUCAAAUGAAAAGAAUUUCUCAUGUCAGGAAAUUGCUGCUGAAAACAUGGAAUAUGCAUACCCUCAGAAAUGUUUUUGGUCAGAGGAAAAGGGUUAUUCACUAAACAUAUUAUGUCCUAUGCAGAAGAGAUCACUGUGCUUAAGCAAGCAAUUCCUGCCAGAGAAAAAAUUUUCCAACUAUUUCUGUCACCUGUCACCACCAACAGUGGUUCACGACCAUAAUAUGAAAACACAUGCACUGGAAAAAUUAGUGGCAAUGUGUUCACAGAGGAUAUUUCUACUGACGCAAGAGAAUGAAAACUACUUUAAGAAGGUCUGUGUAUUACAAGAGGAGAAUGAAAGAUGUGUUCAGAAGGUGUGUGCGCUGGAAGAGGACAUGAAUGCAUGUUUUCAAUACGCUUUAGAAGUUGAUGAAGAUAACAUUGUUUCUUUUCAAAAUUUACUUAAUGAGGAUGAAAUUGUUGGUAAACGUUAUAACAUGUCAGAAGGAAAUGCCAAGAGCCCAGGAGCAAUUUUUGCUAAAGCCAUCUCUAAGAAUCUCUCUUACAUUGAAGAGAAAAGUAGGAAUUUGGGGAAAGACUCAUUAACAAUUGAAUCAAAUAAACUUCCCAAGAGUGUUUUACCUCUAGAUGGAAAGAAAAUCAGAUAUUUCCAGCUGCUUUCUGAUCUGAAAGAAGAAAGAAGAAAAUGCUUCAAAGAAAUAGCUAAAUUAUUACAAGAGAAGGAAAACUACAUAGAAAAAUAUAAUGAAUUAAUGCAAGAGAGAGAGAGAAACUUAAAAAGAAUAUCUUUUUUAGAAGGUGAAAAAGAAAAUUUAUUGGGAAGUUUGGCAGAAAUAAAAUGUGAACAAGACAAAUACCGGGCCUUGGUCUCAGAACUUCAGGAGUGCAAAAGUAGCUGUUAUCAGACUAUUUCUGUCUUGCGGGAGGAAAAAUGUGUUUUGAAAGGAGCUAUAGAUAAAAUCAAAAAAGAAAACGCAGAACGAAUUGGGGAGUUUCAGAAAGCAAAUGCAGAGUUCAUUUUAGAAAAUAACAAAUUGAAAGAAUUGAUGUAUUCUUUGGGUUUCACCUAUGAAGAUCUGAGAAAAGAAAAUAGUUUGGGAACAAAGGAAAAGGUGGCAAAAAUAAAAGAGGAAAAUAAAACUCAACAAUAUGGUGAUAAGCCAAUGAAAGUUAAAACAGCAUGUAGUGUAACUCAGACAGAAGAAGAAGGAACAGACCCUUUCAGCUAUUUCCACAAAAAAGAGGGCAGUGGGUCUGAAAACUACAGUGCGAUGGAAGAGCAAUUGGAAAAGACAAAAGAGGAGUUAAAAACACAGCAGAAAGAAUUAGAAAAAUCAAAAAAAGAGGCUCAGAAAUGGUACAGGGAACUUGGCUUUGCUGAAACAAGAUAUGAAGAAAUCAAGACUUAUUUAACACAUGUUCUCUCAGAACUAGACUGUCUUAAACAAGAAGCUGGAGACAAAACUCUUGGAAAGCAGCACUGCAGAUUUGUGCCAAUGUACACCAUGAAAAGUGGACAGGAAAUAGAGGACAAUAAAAUAGCCAGUAAGAGAUUACAGCAGCAAGUACUGACCUUGAAAGCCCAGCUCAGGGACCAGACUGCAUUACAAAAUCAGUUUAACGACUUGCAAAAUAAAGUGGAACUCCUUCAGGCUCAGCUAUGUGAAAAGACAAGAGAACUCCAAAAGAGAAAGUCUGAAGCAGUGUUGACACUAGCUCCUCUAAAGGCUAAGUUGGCUUGCCUGACCAGAAAGUGCCAGGAAAGGAACAGCUUCAUUACCAGGAUGCAUGCCGAGUUUCGCCGUCAAGGAUUUAACAACUCCAUGUUUGAUGAAGAGGUGAGAAGUCUGGUGAAUGACGUUGCCCUAGCAGAGUACACAGCCACUUUUACAUGCAAUCAAGAGAUGCUGCCAUCUUCCACAGUCAUUUCAGAGGCCAGUGGACAGUCAGAGAAUCAUGAGGCUUUGGUCAGAGUGAGCAGAAUGUCACAGUCAAUACCUGCAAACUCUCUGCAAGAGGCAGAUGGCAUCCACAGUUCUCACAUCACUCCAAAUAUGUACACCAGUUCUCCCGUAAAAUUAACAAGUCCAGAGAGGAUCAUAGCAUUUCAUCGGGAACUAAGGCAAAACCAUCAGAGGAACUGCCAGAUACCUUCAUUUGUCUCCUCCAAUACAAACUCAAAGGCUGACCCCAACCUGUCCAUGACUCGUGAGGAAACACCUUGGCCUCCACUCCCAGAGAUGAAGGACGCACUGAAGCGUGACUGGUCCAUGCAGGGGAGGGACUGCUUGUCCAAAUGGGAUGAUGCAUUUGGGGGUCAAAUAGGAAAUCAGCAUGCAAGUGCUAUUCCCCAGGGAAUUAAACAGAAAGAUGUCAUUACAAAUAAUGCAUGGCUCUCUAGAGAAAAAACAGAUGGCUCAACCUCAGCUACCACAGCAAAAAGCUCUUUGUCAGACAUGUUGUCAGCAAGUAAUAAAGGUCAAAAUCCUGUGGGAGGAAAUCAGCUGCAUGGCAAAGAAUAAAAACCUCAGAAAUAAAACAAGGCAAGAGAAAAUAUUUGCUGGGCCAAUUCUGGAGCACAGACAAAACUUUCGGAGGUAUGACUGAUAAUACAAUUGGAGUCCCUUAUCAGAGCUUGUAAGGGAGUAAAGUUUUGGUUACAGAGACACAAUUACUGCUCAGAAGGAAUGACGAAAGGUGCUCUGACAUGGAGAUUACCACAACUGCUUCAUUAUGGGAAAAAACGGAGAAGCUGCACUGACUUACCAUCUACCGUGUUUUAGCCACAUCCUUUAGUGGAACUUGACCAUGCCAGCCAGCCUGAUAUGUGGUUUGUUAUUUUGUUGCUUUGUUUUCUUAAGAUCUCAGAAGAUCCAUUUUACGAAGUUAUCACACUAAGCACAGACCUCAGCCUUCAUGGGUCUGCUGAUGUGGGCAUGCAAUGUCUUCAGCCACCUAUGGCACUGAGCAUUUCAGAAAGAGGCUUUGAUCCAAGUUAGGGUGUUCAAUAUUUCUGAUGACAUGUUAGAUGAAGGUAUAAACUGUCCAGGAAAUGAGACAGAACUACAUUUUUACAAUGUACAAGUUGAGGAUGCACUUCAUGGGCACAAGAGAAGCAUCUGGGACUUCAAAGUUCUGCGUCCUAAUGCUCUAGAUUGAUUGGUAUUCUACCACAUGAAUAGUCCACACCGAAUUUAACUUUCAGAUAAAGUAUUCACAUACAUACAUUCUUUCCCUGAAGUAGGUGUUUCUGCACCCAUUUGUGUAUAAUACUACAUGUUAUGAAAAAAUAUUUUGCAACUACAGUACAUAGUGUACGUUUAUGCACUCAUAUCUCCAAUUCAUACCUGAGUACCUAUUUGUGAGGGCAGAGAGACGUGAACACUCACGAAAGACUUAAGUGGUCAUAAGUGGUCAUAUAGGUACGUGCAUUCUUUAUUUAACUAAAAGCUUGCACAAUGCUGUUGGCAACUCAUGUUGCCCAAGUGGGAACAACCACAGAUACUGAUUUCCCACACUGUCCUUUUCAUUGUAAUGGACUUUCAGCGCUGACUACUGUUUUUUGCGCUUCUUUCCUUUUUUUUCUUCUUGAAGUUGCUGGUAGAAUGUAUUGAUUUUACAAAGCUGACUCUCCCAGUAAUAACAGAUACUCUUUGAAAGGAGGCAGAAGGAUAAGAAAGUGGUGGAAUCCAAAAUCAUUGUAAUGUGUAUUUCCAUCUUAUGAUUAGUAACAAGAUGGCAUGUUGGCACGUUAACAUUUGAAGUUUAACUACAAGUUUUUAGAAAGAAGCAAUGACAUGUGCGUAGGUUUCUCUUCCUUUGCAUACCAUCCACCAGAAAACAUGCAUCAUUUCCACAGAACUCAGGCAAUUAAACCCAAUUACUUACUUUUGAAUUAAGUGUUGAACUAACACAUCAUGUUUUUUUCCUAGCAUUUAUCCAUAAUAUCCUCCCAUGAAUUACAAAUAUUGAUAAUGAACCUUUCCAUUUUGUAUCAUCUUACGCUUUCUACCAUUAGAUUUCAUUCUAAAAUGAUUAGAAUAAGAAAUAUAAAGCAUGCUUCAUUCUCUGUGGUUUGUACCACAAUUGCCUUUAAAUUCUGCCACAGCCUAAUAUGAAAACUGUCCUACCAAUAUUGGAAAACCCUGUUUAUUAAUUAAUAGACCACAUGGCUGAGGAUCAGGAAUUAAAAUUCCAGUCUUACCAUAAAUCACUAACAGUAAGUCUUUAAAUGUAGAGAUUAUCAGAUGAAACAGAGAUCCCAGUUAUUAUUUUCUGGAUACCUUAUGGUGAAAAAUGUUGUCUAACUGCUACAGAGUGUGUUCAGUUUUCUUUUGCUAAGCAAAAGUUAACUUGUUUAGAUGUUCUGUCUACGGCAGACAGGCUGGGCACAGCUUUACGUAUGUCAUUGUUUUGGGUAAAACUUUCUCAGAAUGCAAAAUGAGGCACUUUGUUCUGAUUGCUUUAUAUGCACAAUAUCGCUUUGACCAAAUUCCUCACAGUCAGAAUUGAGGUACUGCUAAAUUCUAAGUAAAAAUAACCUUCUUCUGUCACCCUAGGUAGACAAAGUGGGCUGUGUUACAUGAUGAUAGUUCACUUAUUUCCAUAUACUAUACUGCAUAGAGCACCACAAGAUACUGAAAAUAUAGGUUAAUGUAUUUCCACAGCUCUUUACGUAAUCUUUAAAACCUGAAUUCUAUUCUUCAUACUACUGUGGGAUGGCAUAUGCUUGGAAGUACCAUGAUUGAUUCCUGCAUGAUAAUCACAUUACAUUCAGAAUAAUGCAAUUGCUGGGAAAUAUUUCACAUACACCGUAGGGUUCUCAAGUUAAACCUCCAUACUGAAGUAUUACUGAAGUAUGGAUGAUGUUUAACCUCGUGGGCUUUUAAAAAGUGUAAACCUUGACCUGUAUUUCUAACUUGCAGAGGAAGGAUUUUAGUAUUUUGAUUUUCUAUGGUUGUGGGUGGAGGGAGGGACGUGUACAUGCUGGGUUUUGCUACUAAUCCUUUGGAAAUCCUUUAGUGCCUUAAGGAGGCAGAGGAGAAACAGACCUUAGGAUUACAGAAAUUUGUUCAAACCUCUUUCCUGCUUCAGCAGAGUUCCUUUAAAAUAUAUUGUGCCUUUGGCUCCAAACAUAUUUGCAUUAGAAAUCAGUAGCAAUAGGAUUAUGGACAGGAAUUUUUGUCCCCACAAAAAUGUUAGAAAAGAGAGUAUACUGUUUCUUAUGUAGAGUGUGAAUUAAAAAUACAGCUAACUUAAGUUUUACUACUGCCAUCCAUGCCUAAACCAUUAUUUGCUAACAAGGAUAAUUGCAAGUUGGAGGUAGAAUUAAAAAACAAGAGUAAGUUUAAAAGCACUGAAUGAGAUAUUUGCACCACAAAUCUCCAUUGGUCUCCCUAGGACCAAGAUUUCACUCAGUCUUCUACCUGGCUUAAGAAUCUGAUCGAUAUUAGCACAUCUGAUAGAUAUUGAAGCAAUAUUCUCUGUUUAGCAUUUUCUAAAUCCGUAGGAAGGGAAAAGAGAGAUGAGUAGCUGUGAAUACCUACCUUGAUUUGGAGUCGUCAGGAUCUGUGGUAUAAAUCUCUGUUCAGUGUUAUUUCUGUCUGUAACAGACUCUCGUUAUUGGAAUAUGAAUAUGCAAAUGUAAAUUCCAAGAUGACAGGGAACUGUGCAGUGUGAACUAACGGAUGCUGAAUAUCUGUAUUUCUCUACUCUCAGAAUAGUGGUUGUGUCUUUUUUAAAAUGAAGGAAAAAGACGUUACCUGCUUAAGACCACUUCUGUGCAAAAAUCCUUUGAGAGGUCAUUUAUGUUCUCACUGGUGUUCCUAAGCAGAUCUUAGGAGUAGUUGAUCAGCCUUUGGCUUGGAGAUGGGGAGGGAAUUUUAUCUUCUAGUAAUUAAAAAUAGUUUGUUGGUACAGAGCUACCAAAAGGAAAAAAAAAGGAAAAAAAAAAAGAAAAAAAAAAGUGGGCAUGAAUCUCAGAGGCGUGGUUGUCUAUUUUGCUCCCUUUGAUGACAAACAAGUUUUAAAAAUAUGUAAAUAGUUAGAAGAAAAUCAUUACACAGCUCACAGUAUAUAAGAUGAGAUACAGCAUGGAACAGACUUUCAUGGCUUGUUUAUAAAUUAGGCUUCUGUCUUUUGUCUGGAAUUUGGAGAAAGAAACCAUGUAAAUUAAGUAAGGAGUAAAAACUCUCUACUCACACUGACUGAAACAAAGAUUUUCCCCACCUCCUGAGGUACUAAUGAGAAAUCUGGGAUGAAUAAAGUAUGGAGAUCUUGUAUUUUGAGCUCUACUGCUGUGAAGCUAUUCAGCUCUUCUGCACAGCCACUCGUGUUGUAGUUGCCAUGAAGCACUGGGGACACAAGUUUGGGUCCAUUUCAAGAGGUGCCAAAGAAUUCACAAAAAGACUGGGGUUUAUGGUUUGAUACUUAUUAGACAGAUGUACCAGCUAGAUGUUUUUGGAGGAAGAGGGUUGUAAAUAGAUGCAACAGUUUUAAACUCUUACCCAUGAUUACCCUGUAAUUGGGUGUCAAAGUGUAGACGCUAACCGAGAAGUUUCAGUAACAUGAUAGAGACCACUCUUGAUUUUGAUAUGUUUAUGGAUAACUUUUCAAUAAAGAUUUCCACUUUAAGACAUUUAUCAUGGUUGUGAAUUGUACAUAUGUAUUAAUUUUCAACGUAAUUAGGGUGAAAACAGAAUUGUAAUGAAGUCACAAAGUCUACUUGAUGAUUAUCACAGAUUUAUAACUCUCACAAAUUAUGUAAGAUAUGUUGACAUUUUAUCUUGUUAACAAGAUGUAUUUUUCUAUGUUAAUUAAAUGUAUAAUUUGUACAAUUUUGUAUAUUAAAUGUAUGCAUAUUUUAAAUUAAAAGCUUUAUAAUUUUAAUUAUUUUUAA